CACCAGCAGCAAAAAUAUCAGUAGGCUUCCAUCAACGUUUGCUAGGGGAAAUUUUCUUCAAAUUCACAAUAAUGUCUUCAAUGGUUUGUUUUUAUGUGUUGGUCCGUUGGACAAAUAUUGUUGAAUGUUGAAAUGAGUUGGAUUGUGUCUUUCAAAUCUUAUUUAAGGGGUAUAUGUUGGAGCUUUUAUUUUGACAUUGAAUUUGAGUGUCAUAUUACUACGUAAUUUGUAUGGCAUGCGUCCCACACGAACUAUUUCCUUUCUCAUUUUUUUUUCUUUUUCAUCCAAACAUGAAAGUUGUGUUGGAAUGUACAAGAAUACAAAGUUAUACAAAGCCCCUGGACCCGAUGGAUUUAGUGCUGGUUUCUUCAAAUCCCAGUGGCAACUGGUUGGCCCUGAUCUGUUUGAGGCAGUGGCAGAAUUUUUCCAACAUGGAAAACUGCUCAAGCAACUCAAUCAUGCUGUCAUUGCACUCAUCCCCAAAACCACUCAUAACCCAUCUGUGAAAGACUUUAGGCCUAUUGCCUGUUUGAAUGUGAUCUAUAAAGUUAUCACCAAAAUCCUUGCUCAAAGAAUGGCUCCAUUGUUGCCAAACUUGAUUGACUCGGCUCAGGGAGCGUUUGUGGAGGGUAGGUCAUUGAUUGACAACGUACUCUUGGCUCAACAUUUGAUCAGAGGCUAUGCUAUCAAGAGGGCCACACCCAAAUGCAUGAUCAAGCUUGAUAUUACCAAAGCUUAUGACACCGUCUCUUGGGAUUUCCUCAAUAGCAUUAUGAUUGGACUUGGUUUCCCCCCGAAGUUUGUGCAUUGGGUUAUGGAGUGUGUCACUUGGGCUUCAUUUUCAAUCUCGGUCAACGGAGAGCUCCACAGAUUCUUCAAAGGCCAAAGAGGCUUAAGACAAGGCCAAGGAUGGCACGUUCCAUUACCAUCCGGAUUGUGCUACCCCUACUUGGCUUUCGCGGAUGAUAUUAUGCUUUUCUCCAAGGGGGGUUUUACUUCGGUCACAGCUUUAAUGGAGGUUUUGAAUCAUUUCUCUGCCGUCUCUGGUCUUCAUUUCAGCCCCACCAAAUCCAACAUUUUCAUUGCCGGGAGGGAUAGAGACCGAAGUGAAGACAUAAUUAGCCUUGUUCAUUUUCCAGUGGGGCAGCUCCCUGUGCGCUAUUUAAGGCUGCCCUUGGCGUCCCAAAGGCUCACGGAAUCUGAUUUUGCCCCAUUGAUCAACAAAAUUGAUAACUUCUUACGUGGUUGGAGCACCAACAAGCUUUCUUAUGCCGGGCGCGUUGAACUCUUGAGGGCAGUCAUCCAAGGGACUGAAUCCUUCUGGCUUCAAGCAUUCCCUACGCAAAAAGUUGUACUCAAUAGAAUCACAGGCCUGUGCCGUGACUUCCUAUGGGGCAGUAAGUUUGCUAAGGUCCACAACAUCUACCUUAAUGGGAGGAGUGCUUGGAGUUGGAUCCCUAAGAAGAGGGAUUCUUGUCUAUUCAAGAGGUUGGCCGAGAUUAGAGACCUCCUCUUUGUUAAGCUUGGUAAUCCCCUUUCAAUUGAAGAUGCUUUGAAACCUUUCUGCUUCAACAAUAAGCUUCUUUCCGGGAAAAUCUAUGAUUUGUUUAGGGUUCGUUCUCACCCGAAGCCCUGGAUGAAGUUCAUCUGGCAACCGUUUAUUCCACCAAAAUGCUCUUUCACCUUGUGGUUGGCGUUCAGAAACAGACUACCCACAAAGGUUAAUCUUGGAUUCCUUGAUGUUGGAAUAUCAAGAGUAUGUUUCCUUUGUGGAGUCGAGUUGGAAACUAUCAACCAUUUGUUCUUCAGCUGCUCGGUGACUAAGCAUGUAUGGGGUCUGAUUCGUUCUUGGAUGGAGAUUGAGGCACACCUUACCACCUUCAUACGAGCUGUCCGGUGGUUGCGGUCAAACAAGAGAGGUGCCCUUCCCAGGAGGAGGGCGAUGAAGCUUGCAUUUGCCUGCACCGUCUUUAUGCUUUGGAAGUCUCGAAAUGAGAAAAGAGAAAGUUCGAAGCUUUUUCCGUUUUCUGAAGAAGAUUCAAGAAACAGGGCAAUGAGAGAUUGGGGGAGGACCUCGGAGAUCAUGACGACGUGCGAGAAACACCCUUCGGCUUCUUCUGUCGGAAUCUGCUCUCGCUGCCUGAAAGACCGGCUCUUGGAGCUUGUCUGCUCGGAUUGCGGGGAGAAUCGCGUCUCUUCGUGCUCUUGCUCUGGUGUUUCUUCUUCCCGGAUCUGGUUCUUGAUCGAGAACGAGAGGGGGUUCGAUCAGCUGAAGGCGGCGGCGGGGAGGGGGCUUCGCCGGAGCAGCAGCAACCGCGAGGAGAUCAAGAAGAGCGGAAACGGGUUCUGGAAGAUCAAGAGCCUGUUCGGGAAAAUCAAGAACCGGGGAAUCGACGACCACCAGGUGUUCGACGAAAUGCGCGUGUCGAGAUCGAGGUCUCUGUGCAGCUUCCGAGACGACGGCUCCGACCAGUUCAGAUUCUCCGGCGCGAAGAUCUCAGAUGCCACGGCCUGGUCGAUGCCCGACUCCGAUUAUCCGAGGAACGGUGAAGAAUCAGCAACCUGGGUAGACACGAAGCCCCGCAUUUCCUCCGGUCGCCACCUGUCUUGGUCUGGCAGAGGAAUAAUGCGGUUGGGUUCUUGCAGAGUGACGGCGAACGGCGGGGAGGAAUCGGAGAAAGGAAGGAAGAGAGGCCGGGAAAGGUACAGAGUAUGGAAAUGGAUGACAUGGCAAAAGUGAAGUGAUUAUUAAUAUAUAAUUUCUAUAAUUUUUUAAUAUAUAAAUUACAAGAUAAAAAUGGAAUAAAGAAGUGCAUUGGAU